AAGGGCUGUCUGUUGUCUCGCCCGCCCGGCUCUACUGCAUGGUCAAGGGAUGAUGCUGAUCUAUAUAAACAGAGACUCCAUUGCAGGCCGCUCAUAUUUCUUCGAGACAACCAUCCUGCCCGCCGAUAUCUGUACUUUAGGUACAUCAUGGCCAGCCUCCUGCUGAAGAACAAGGCCCAGCCGGACGUUGUCCCAUGGAAGACUACCGGGGAAUGGCUGCGGCGUACGAUGCUGGCUACUCUUGUUCGCCGCGUCUCGGACUACACCAUGCCCAAGGGAUCCUUCACCUCUACUGCCUUUCGGGACUUUGACUGCGACUUGAAGGCGUGGGAGAUCAAAAUGCGGGCGAUCAGUCUUGCAAAUGACGUUUUUGGCCUACAGCGCGGAAAUCAAGGAUGGCGACGAGUGUGA